AGUUAACGAAAAUGGUACAAGAUAUGAUGAAAGGUGACAUAAGCCUAGCGACAACCGAGAUAUCAAAGUUGGAAGAAAAGAUAACGCAUUUGGAAAACUCUUUAAACAAUUUGGAAAAUGUCGUUAAGAAUUUGCAUGUGCUCGCAAGCGAAUAUGUCGGAGAGAUGGAAGAAGAAAUGGAGAAAGAGAUAAUAGAAGGUGCAGAGGAGCCUCAUCCACCGGCUGCUCAACGAAUUUCCUUAAGCGAGCUCCUCGGUGGAAUAGAUAUAAAAGAGAUGCACAAAGACGUGGCUACGUUGCAGGAGGAGGUUAAUCAAAUAAAGAACAAUUUGAAGGAAUUACAGGACGAGUUCAGCCAGACAAAAGAUGGUAACGAAUAAUAAUCGAUCAAAUAAUAU